AUUAAUGAUAUUGAAGUAAGAAUGUUUGGAGAAUAUUACGAAUGUGACUGCCUUGGUAAAACUUCAGGACAUCCAGUUUUUUUAACUCUUGGAAAUAUUUCAACUUGGCUUCAAAAUUCUGCAGAUUCAAAAGUUCUUUUGGGAUUUUUACCAAAGGUUCAAGGUACCAUGAUUAAAACUACUAAUGCCUUUCGAAUUUUUCAAUAUAAGACAUAUCAAAAGUGCUUGAAAACUAUGCUUGAUCCUUUGCUAAAAAGACCAGAUAAAUUAUAUUUUGGUAUUCAAGAGUGGGUAGUAAGAUUCGCAGCAUGUAUUUCAGUCUUUAUUGCGUACAUACUCAAAGUUGAUGAAAUAACUGCGACAUAUAAGACAGCCAAUAGUAAAAUGCCAUGUUACAGUUGUCUGGUUCAGCAAAGAAAGGAGUAUUCUGUAUAUAAUGUAGAAAAUGCCUUCUGGGAAUUUCCAAAUUUUGAUGAUCAUCUUCGUCACAUUCCUCAUUUUCUUGAGUUAAAAUUAUUUAGUAAACUAGGACAAUUAAAAAUAAUGACUGCUGCAGACUAUCGGAAUCUAAUGAAGGUGAAGAGUAAUGAAUUAGUUCCAACCGUAAGCAAAGUUAUCUGUCAUAAGACUGAAGGAUUUGGAAAAAUACUAUACGAAUUGAAGCUAAAUGCUAUUGAAACUAGAGUGAACUUCCUAAAAAGCUCAAAUCAGACGCACCCGAAUUUCAUUGAAGAAUUAUCUCAACUAAUCCCAGCAUUAAAUGCUUUUCUGGAUAUGUCUUUACAAGAUUCA